UUCUUGGAAGAAUGAAGAGGCAAAAACCUGUUUGUCCCAUGCAGUUAAGUGGAUCCAUUUUAACUAUUUUAGCCAGUUGUGGGUUGCAUGUAACCCUCUUUCUCGUGAUAUAUGAAAAUCUUCGUUGCCCCAAGCUCCUUGCUUGGACUCCGAGCCAGUAGAGGGCUUCCUGGCACUCCUCCAAUCCCACUGAAGCGUUUUGGGCCUGUUUUGCCUCACCUCUGUCUCCCGGGGUCCCCACUGGAUCGCUGACCUGGAUGAACUGACCUUAAGAGCUGCCCAGUCAGGACCAGGCCCUCUCCGGCUCCUUCAACCUUCUUGGUGACGGCCUGCUGUUAACAGCUAUGAAACCGGACCAGUUCCCCUGCCUCCUGGGGUGCCUUCUGAUGGCUGCGGCCAGCGUGGGCAGCAACGUGGUGCCUAGAAUGACCUUUCAGAGAGGGGACCCCAGUCGUGAGGUCGGCACCUUCAGCCAGGAAGGGGUCCUCAACUACGACACUUUCCUCUUGAGCGCGGACGGAGCAACUCUCUACGUGGGCGGGAGGGACGCCAUCCUGGCCCUUGAUAUCAGAAGCGCCCCCAUCAGGCUGAAGGGGAAGAUACCCUGGAGCCCCAGGCCGGAGAAGAAGAGGGAGUGCGUCUUCAAGAAGAGAAGCAACGAGACGGAAUGCUUCAACUUCAUCCGCAUCCUCGUUCAGCUGAACGAGACCCAUCUUUACACCUGUGGGACCUACGCCUUCAGCCCUACCUGUGCCUACAUCGACGUGGACAACUUCACCCUGGUGGCCGAUGCCAGGGGGCAGCCCCUCCUGCAGGAAGGCAAAGGGCUCUGCCCCUUCGACCCGCGGCACCAGAACACGGCGCUCAUUGUGGAUGGAGAGCUCUACACAGGCACCAUGAAUAACUUCCAGGGGAAUGAGCCGGUCAUCUCUCGAACCCUGGGCAGCCGGACUGUUCUGAAGACUGACGGCUUUCUCUCCUGGCUGCAUGACGAUGCUGUGUUCGUGGCCUCAUUCAACAUCCCGGGACCCCCAGAUGACGAAAAGGUCUAUUUCUUCUUUGAAGAGACGGCGAAGGAGUUUGAUUUCUUUGAGAAGCUGACCGUGUCCCGCGUUGCCCGGGUCUGCAAGAACGACAUUGGAGGAGACAAGGUUCUCCAGAAGAAGUGGACCACCUUCCUCAAGGCUCAGCUCUCUUGCAGCCAGCCGGGGCUGUUCCCCCACACCGUCCUCCAGCAUGUCUUCGCUCUCCCGCAGCCGGAUGGGGGCACCCUCUUUUAUGGGGUCUUUGCUUCUCAGUGGCAGACCGGGAGCUCCGGCAGCUCAGCCGUCUGUGCCUUCAGCCUGGACGCCAUCCAGAAGGCCUUUGAUGGGAAGUACAAGGAGCUGAACAAGGACUGUUCCCGCUGGAUGACCUACAGUGGCCCCGCCAUGGAGCCCCGGCCUGGCAGCUGUUCGGUGGGGCCCUCUUCCGAUAAAGCCCUGACCUUCAUGAAGGACCAUUUCCUGAUGGAUGAGAAGGUGGCCCCUAUCCACAACCAGCCUCUGCUGGUGAAGGAGGAUGUGAAGUACACCCGCAUCACAGUGCACCAAACGCAGAAGGCCUGCGGGGCUGCCUGCACCGUCCUGUUCCUGGGUACAGACGGGGGCUCCCUGCACAAGGCGGUGGUGGUCGGCACUGAAGCCCACAUUGUUGAGGAGAUGCAGCUCUUGGAGAGGCCGGAACCCAUCCAGAACCUCCUGCUUGUUCCCGAGAAGGGCACCCUGUAUGUGGGCUAUUCCAAAGGGAUUUUGGAAGUCCUGGUGGCCAACUGCAGUAUCUAUGCCACCUGUGCCAGCUGCCUGUUGGCACGCGAUCCCUACUGCGCCUGGGAUGGGCACUCAUGCCGAGCGGUUUGGGAGGACACCAGCAACAGGACUGGCUGGCUGCAGGACGUUGAGCACGGGAAAGCUGAGGCUGCAUGCCAGCGCCACAGUGGGAAGGGGCGAGCCAUGCCAAGGUCGAGGAACGACUCUGAUGGAGUGUCACUGAAAGUGUUGACCCACCCGUUCAACUCCAUGGUGCGGCUGCCCUGCCCGCAGGUCUCUGCCCUGGCCAACUACUCCUGGACCUACCCAGAGGGCAGCUUCCCAUCACAGGAGGGGCUGAUCGUCCGGGACCACACUGGCCUGCUUGUGUUUGUGCGCAGCCACACGCUGGGCGAGUACUCCUGCUGGGCCAGCGAGAAUGGCUACCGGCAGCGGGUGGCCUGGUACGAUGUGCGCAGUGACCUCCCCAUGGACGGCGUCAGCAGCCCCAAGGGCAGCCCGGAGCACCAGGCAGUGCCCGUUGGGGAAUUGCGCUCUUACUGGUUCCAGUUUGUGACGGUGACGGUCCUGCUUUCCAUGACUUUGGCGGUGGCCAUGGCGCUGGGCUUCUUCUCCUAUCACGACAAGCUGAAAGCUAAAACGAAAGUGCAGGGUUGCAGCCUUCCCGAGUCCAGCAGGACUCCGGUGCAGGAGAAGGCCCCCCUCAACAGCAGCCAGAGCCCCCCAGGAGACAGGGACUACCAGGCGCAGGAGGCCGCCGAGGGGAGCAAAUCCUGCUGCGUUCAGGUGGAAGGUGGGAGCCGAGACGUGGAUACAGAGAACAACCGCCUGAACUGCCCCUUGAUGAAUGGGGAGGAGGCCCGAGUCACGGCAGCCCUGGAGGCCAUUUAGCUCGGGUUUUGCCGGGAGAACUUUGCGGACUCUCGGACGAGCACAAAACACCUUGCACGAUUGUAGUGCAGCUCCCAAACACCGCUAGAAGACAGCUGGUCACCUGCGGGGCCCAUUUUUAAAUGUUGUUCUUUCUUGGUUGUGUUUUGUACGACGCCACACCACCUGCAAAACUGAUACAGGGGAUCUGGAGGGGUUCCUUUCUCUCCCACCUCCUUUGUUUCUGUCUUCUCCCUAGCAGCAGCAGCAACUCCAUCUGCUUCCUUGCAGCCCAAUCUGCAAAUAUUUGCAGAUAUUUGGAAGAAAAACGUGGCUAGUCUUUGGCGUGUUCUCAUUUGGAGAUGCAGGGAGCCGUGCCACUUGGCCUCGGGUGGUGACCUCCACCUCCAGAUGUGCUGGGCUUUGUGGAGCUUCAGGGGGAGAAGGGAGGUCUGGGUGGGUUUGGAUGCUCAGGUGGGUGACAGGUGCUGCAUUUGUUUUUCUGAGCAAUGAGGCUCAAAUUUGGCAACUUGAAGAUGGGUGGAAUUCUGGGAGUUGAAGUCCACCCAUCUUCAAUUUGCUGAGGUUGAGAAACAUUGCUCUGGGGUAAUCUUAGCCACUCUAUGCAUUGUGAGAACCACUAAAAGUUUAUUUUGACUGCUGCAGCAACAGCAGCACAUUGUCGCAAUCCCUGUCUUCGCCCAUUGUUUCAUUUUUGUCCUCCUCCGUCUUGCUGUCACAUUCUGCCUUUUGUUUAGUGGUUCUCUUUUGGGGCCAAAGAAGCAGCUAUGCAAGGUCCUAAGUGAGCCCACCCCAUUCACCCCCCUCCGGUUUCCCUUGCCCUAGAAGCGCCUCCUGGCCCCUUUGGCCUCUCACUCUGCAUUCACACAUAACCUUGGCAGCCGCCAAGAUCAGAGCCUUGAUGUUUCCAAGAUGAAAGCUGGUUGUUGCUGUGUUUCUCUGUUCCUCUUGGACUCUCCCUAGUAUUUUUAGAGUUUUAAGAAUUUGGAUUUUAAAUGGUUUCCUUUGCACCAGUUGUGCCAUGCUAAGAUUAGGCUUUCCUCCAGCUUGGCAGUGGUGGUUUCCUGCCCCUUUUUAAUCUGUGCUUUGCCCAGUGGUUUUGGGUGGUGGGUUUCAGAGGAGGGGCGGCUUGGUUUUCGAUUUUUCGACAGACAGAUGCGCUUCUUGCUUAUCUUGGAGAAGCAGAAGAGAAGCCAUUGGCUGCAAGAAAAUCUCCAUUUUGUAGCAAGGGGGCUUUAAUGGAUCUAUCCAGCCUCACUUACAAGAGGUUGCUUGUGGCAUCCCUAUUUCCCCCCCCCCCCCCGCUUCUUUUCAUUGUGCAGCUUCUCCAAAAUACUUGCUGGACUUGGUGGGGGGGGGGGAGAGAGAUGGCACAGCUACAUGGGACCUUUUUUAAGGCAUUACUCUGGGAGCUAGGAUUAAUCUGUGCCUAAUCAGUGUUUCUCAACCUCUGUGACUUUAAGAUGGAUGGACUUCAACUCCCAGAAUUCCCCAGCUAGGUCUUAAAGUCACAGAGGUUGAGAAACACCAGUUUCUAUUUCUAAUGCUUGCAGCUGCUGCCCUCUGGUGAAUAAAAUGACAAUUGCACCCCACCAGUUCUUUGGUCCCUGCCCGGUACUGGAGAAUUUUACUGCUUGGUCCCCACCGAGGGCACACAGAAUGUAUUAUUUCUCGUGUUUACAAUCCGUGUCAUUUAUUGUUGGUUUCAAUUCAGUGUUAUUUGAGUGGAAGACUCUUGAGAACCCCUUCAAGGUUGUAGAAUGGGUGGGAGGGAAGGAAGGGGCCUGGGGAAGAGCCCCUCACCCCUGAAAGCUGUUUCAGAAAAUAUUCUGCCAAAUACCUGGGUCUGCUGUUCAGUGCCAUGCAAGGACAAUUGCAAAAAAAUACAAAACCAGUUUGUAUCUCAUCUACUUAAAGAACUACCCUUAAAAAUGUGAGGUGCGAAGAGGACCUGGGUUGCAAAAGCAAAAGACCAGGUAGAUAAGCUGCCCCGGGUCCUUUAUUAAACACUUGGUGCGUGCAUGUCUCUGUGUGUGUGUUUCUCCUCUCUCGGUGAGCAGGAGAGUGGUGUCUUUAAUUGUGGUAUUGGAGCAGCAUGUCUCUUCCGAAGAACAAGAGUUGGUAAUCUCUUUCAGUUAAAGAAAUUAUCGGUAUUUUCACUGGCCUGUUUGCCACCCAUUUUGGGAAGGGGAAAGAAUAUAUGGAAGGAAAGGGACUUUUAAAAAGGGGUCAGAUGAUACAAAGAAGGGAAGAGAUCUAAAGAAAUGGGUGAGAGCGUCUCCUUUACCCCAGCCAGCCAAGGACGUGCAGCCUGGGAACAAUUGCAAAAGGAGAAGGGAGUCAUCCGUUGGCAGAGAGAUGUUGGGUUUCAACCGGCAGAUUUAAAACUACCUGCUGCUAAUCAAAAAUGUUUAAAACUAGAAGGUGGCCGGUUCUCCUCCUGCCUCUCAAAUGUUUGGGUGCAAGAAGUCGGAAAAUUUCGUUGUCCCUUUGUGGGCUGGAGAAGGAAAAGGAUGUUGCAAGGAGCUGAAAAUAGUUUGUUUGGUGUGCAAAUAGGUUUCAUUCCACGAUGGUUUCUGGUCAAAGAGGCUGGAAGAUAUUUGACGUACAAACACCUCCCUGGCUCUUGUGGUCAGAGAAGGAAGGAAGAGUAGUUGCGCUGUGGCAGAGCCCCUGCAUCAAACUAUCUGCAGGGUUUUUAAAAAGUGCUGAUUUUCAGCUCAAUUCCAUAGAAAAAAGUGCAUGUUCAUUCAUGACUGGCUGUUUGUUGCAAUGUUGUUCCUAACCUUUUCCUAAAAGAAAAAAAAAGAUGUAAAUCAUUGUGUUUAUACAAACUAUUUUUAUUAAAAAGUGUUAUGUGGUUGUCCAAUGGC